GUCGGUUGUUUUUUUUAAAAAAAGUAUGGAUGGAAAAUCUCGGAUAUGGGCAAAAAUAUUUCGGCCUCACCGUCCUACUCCGAAAUAACCGAUAUUUUUCCGCACGGAAAUGUCUCCGGUUAACCUGAGGGAGUGUAUGGAAGAAAUGGUGAAGUACACUCUGGAGUCUCACAUAAACGGAACCCUUGAAUUCGAUCUAGGACUCUCCAACUCCUUCUGCUCCGACCUCCUCAAACUCGAUCCCAACACCACCACUACCGAAUCUGUUGAAGGAGAUCCUCCAUAUCCCUUAUACAAGCAUCUAGCAGCAGCUUUAUUAGAAUCAAUCAAUUCUAAAACCUUUUGUAGGACACAGAGCAGUUUGAAGUUUAUCCCAGAAGGAAGCUCCUUGAAGCAGGAAGAAAAUGAAUGGCAAAAGCUGGUUUUGGAAAAGGGAUCCGAAAUUGUGAAUAUUUUGAAGUCUGUUGUCCAUGAACUUCAUGUUCAGGAGCCUUUCUUUUCGCAGCUAAAAGAUGGCAAGAAAACAAUUGAAGGAAGGUGUGCCGUUGGUGACUACAAUAGAAUUGGUUCAGGAACUUUGAUUCUUUUCAACGAACGUGUGGUCCUUGAAGUUCAGGAUGUCCACCGGUAUGCUUCGUUCUCUGAAAUGUUGGGGGCAGAGAGUCUUGCAAAGGUUCUUCCUGGAGUUGAAACCAUUGAAGAAGGUGUACAAAUCUAUAGGAAGUUCUACAUGGAAGAGAAAGAAAAGACAAAUGGCGUUCUUGCAAUCCAUGUUUCGAAAGUGGAUGUUCAGCCUUACACUUCUCUGGCGACCCUAAUCUCUGUAUUGAGUUAUGGGGGUGUUCAAGGCCUUCUUGGUCUGACACACACCACAGGGACUAUUCCAAAUGCACCUUCCCCACCAAGAUGAACUUUGCUAUCAUCAUUUACCCUUCUAUGUAAGCCCAAUUGGUUGAAGGUUAUACCUUGAUUCAUGGAGCUAGGGCACUUGCAAAGCAUGCUAAUAAGAGUACCAGUAAAUAUUGGGGUACUUUGGAAGGAAGUGGCAAGGAUCUGUUUGAAUUUGAGCUUUGGAGAUUAAUUUCUAUUUGUUUUUUCUCUUACUGUGGUUUAUUGUAUGCACAAGUUUGUUUACAGAAUUUUUAAAUGCUGUCAAAUGUAUCUAACCAUCUCACUAUAUGGCAUAGAGAUUUUCUUACA